UAAACCGAAUUAGAAAAUCCUGGGUUUACAAAGCUCGCUGAUAACCAGCUUCAUAGCACCGGUUAUCUCUUUCCUGUUUCCGUCGCUUAGACAGUUAUUGAUGAUGGGACGCGUGUCGUAACUAACUGUCGCAUCGAUUAAUCUCGGGUUUAUUUCGUUUCCAGACCGCGGGUUGCGAUUCGAUUACUAAAUCUAGCAUUGAAACAUCUCGGAUAACUGCGCGCACCCGCUCCGCCAUAAAGGGGAUAUCAAUCGCACGCCGAAACCCGGAUCACAAUAUAUGAACACAGACAGAGAUUUCCAGAUGAUGAAAAAACACGAGAGGGCCCAUUUUUUCAGCUCCAAAGAGCAGGAACUCAUUUUGAGGUUGUAUGAAGAAGAAAGAGAAAUACUGACAGCCAAAUCCAACACUACAAGCGCCUCCAAACUGAGAGAGGAGGCCUGGCAGAGAAUUGCUGACAAAAUAAAUGCGGUAUCGGACAGUGGCUAUAAAAGGACAUGGCAGCAAGUUAAAGUCAAACACAAAAACAUAGUGCAAACAGCAAAAAGGAGAAGGGUCGAGGUGAUGAGGAAUGAGGGGGGGUCAGCAACCCCGUCGCUGACCUCUGCUGAGGAGGAUGUGCUCCAGCACAAAGACAACAGGCUGAGAGUGGAGGUCCUUCCUGGGGGCGCCUGUAUUGAGCCACUGACUGGAUCUGAUAACUCUUUCAUUAGUGUGUCAGGCCACCCUGUGCUCCUCCUGCCUGUAACAAAGACUGAACCAGAGAGCUUGAGCAGUGAUGAGACAGAUGUCAGUGAUGCACAUUUUGAAGGGGACGUGCACAGUAGCAUCUUCCAGGAAAAGUCCCACUCAGCAUGUGCUACGAUCGGUGGCAGAAGUGCAGAGAGGCAGACAGAAGAUAUAAAAGCCCUUUACUGCUGCUACCUCAAAAAGGAGAUAGAGAACCGCAACCAACAGAUGGCAUACAGAGCACUUAAAAUGAGGAAGCUGGAAAAGGAAAUCUUAUUACUUGAUAAACAGCUGGUGUGACCAUGUAAUGAAAUGAUGAUGAUUUUAUCUUAUUAUUAUAAUGUGUUAAAAUUUGAUUUACCUAGCUCAAACAGUUGCAAUAAAUUGCUUCACUUGUCAUAUACAGUCAUAUUCUGCCUCCAACACACCUGGACUGGUGAGUGUGGGUUAGGGAUUUUACAGCAAUGUACCAUAUUAAUGCAAUUCUGAUCUAUGGUUGGUCAAGUUUGCAACAAUGUGACCAACAUUUUCUCACUGUUGCAAUAUUGCACUGUACAACCCUACACAUGCAGUAGCUCAUAGGAUGACCACUACAAUCCCCAGACUGUGACAGUAUUGGAAUAAUUUUUUUAGUUGCCCAAAGCUCAUUUCAGUCCCAGCGUUGUCUUAGCAGGAGUUGCCCCAAAGUGGGCCUGAGGCCCAGUGAGGGUUCAGUGUAGGAGGGUCAUGAAGAAGGGAUUGUAAGUGCAGCCCCUGCUGUGUAACCCUGUGCCCCAGGAGGAUUCCCUUAUCACAUGAGUUCCAGAGCACUGACACAUUCUUGGUUGUCUUGGCUCUGUACUCCAGCACACUGGGUUUGAAAUAAGUGAGUAAAACAGUGAAUGGUGUUAAUUUGAGGGCACUUCAACCCACAUCAGAUGUGUAGUGCAGGAAUGUUUACUCUUUAAUAAAUAUUCCUGCAAUUUAGGAGACAAUAAUUAGCUCCGUCAAGGAGGUUAUGUUUGCACCUGUGUGUAGUUGUUUGGUUUGUUUGUUCAUUUGUCAGCAGGAUUUUGCAAGAAGUAUUGAACUGAUGGGACAUGGGCCAGGGAAGAACCCUCUAAAUUUCCGUGUGGAUCCAGUUACAAGCAUGAAUCCAGAAAUAUUUUAAAAAUAAUUUUCCUUAACAUUGCGAGAUAGCAUGUUUUGUCUUGGUGGAGGUAUGUGGUCCCCUUAGUUCUAUUUAGACAUGUUCACAUAUGGAAACUCAUUAUGUUUAUAUGACAUGUUUGGUUGCAAAUCCUUUGCAGUCACUGACAGGCUGAGGUCUGUGACUUCUAGAUAUAAAAUAGCUUCCUGGCUGAAGCUCUAAUUUGCCUACACUGCUGCCAUCUCUUUCUUGCUUAUUUUGGAGGCUUUUGUUUUCAUGGAGCCUGGUCUUCAGUAAAUUUAGCUCAGUCCGAUUGAUUGAUCUGUUUGAUCUGGACACACUGUGGCCAACCGCACAUAACUUUGCUGAAACAGUUGUUAUAAGAUGUGUAAUCACAGCACACAUGAAGUUAAAAAAAAGCAGCAUAUACUGUAUUCUUUGGAUUAGCAACAGCACUAUUGUUCCAAGGUAUGACACUAGGAUACCUGUGCAUUUACACUGUGGAAGGUCAUUUUAAUCAUCUCUCUUUUUAUAUGCCUGAGAAAAAUGUCAGUGGUUAUAUUCAUUUUUAAAUGUAUUUAAUUUAUUGUUUGUUUUGUUAAUUCAAAAAAACAGGUAAAAGCACUUUGUUUUAAAGCUUAGUUUAAUUUUAACAUCACACCUAAAACCUAA